AUGUCAAGGAAGGCUUCUCGGAUAAUGGUGCUGUACAUCGCUUCAGAUAACCACUCCUCUGCUAGGCAGCGUUUGGAAUGGCCGAGAGCGGACCUUUUUGGGAGCCACGACUCCAACAGUUUGGAAGAUAUCUUGAGAAAAGGUUUUAGCACCGGUGCACCCAUGCAGGAACUGCUUCUUUCUAGGUUCUUGAUGAAGUUGAAAAAUUAUCCCAAAUUGAAGCCUUGCUUGGAAAGCAGCUUUCAUUUGGUGGUGGAAAUCAGCUUGAGUUGGUUUCCAAUUGGUUUGGUCUAUUCUUGCACAACAAUUAUAACAACUAGAGAUAUGCAAUUACUAAAUGGAGUUGAUGCUGUAAUUGUAUCUAAGCCCAAGAACUUAAGCGAGUCAGAAGCUCUUGAACUCUUCAAGCAGCAUGCCUUCCGAACAAACCAACCCACAAGAGAUUAUGAUUGUUUAUCGAGGCUUGCCAUACAACAUGCUCAUGGCGUGCCUUUAGCACUUAAAAUCUUGGGGGCUUGCCAUACAAUAUCCUGA